UGUCAGUAUAAGGACGGCUUUUCCUCGCACGCGGCGCGGCUCGGUCUCGCCGCCGCCGCACGUACCCGCACCGCCAGGCGCUCGGGCUCCUCCGCAGCCCCCGCCGCGCGCAGACCCCGCGCUUCGAGCCCGGAGCCGGAGGCGCGAGCAGAGCCGAGGCGGGCGAGAGACCGGCCUCAGACCCGCGCUCCCCGCCGCGCUGGUGUCUCCCCGGCACUUGCCCCGCUGCUCUGUCCCUGCAGCACCCGCGCCCCCGCCCCGGCCCGGAGCGCCGCGCUCCCGCCCGCCGCCAGCCCAGAGCCUCGCAGUCCCUCCCGCCCGCCGCCGCCUCCUCCCGCCAUGGCCCGGGCCCCCGGGCCCGCCGCCCCCCGCCCGCCGCCCCCCGCGCCCCGGGGGCUCAGCUGAUCCUGAAUUGGCGGGGGGUCGGCUGGCGGGGCUGGGGGUCCCUCUCGAUCGCCGGCUUCGGGUGGGGACGCGUUGUCCCCGCGUCUCUAACCUGGACGACCCCCCGCGGCCGGGCCACGUCCAUGCCAAGGGCUCCCAGCUCAGCGUGGACAUGGCUGAGAGUGCCUCCCCGCCCUCCUCAUCUGCAGCAGCCCCAGCCGCUGAGCCGGGAGUCACCACGGAGCAGCCCGGACCCCGGAGCCCCCCAUCCUCCCCGCCAGGCCUGGAGGAGCCCCUGGAUGGAGCUGAUCCUCAUGUCCCACACCCAGACCUGGCGCCCGUUGCCUUCUUCUGCCUGCGACAGACCACCAGCCCCCGGAACUGGUGUAUCAAGAUGGUGUGCAACCCGUGGUUUGAAUGUGUCAGCAUGCUGGUGAUCCUGCUGAACUGCGUGACACUUGGCAUGUACCAGCCGUGCGACGACAUGGACUGCCUGUCGGACCGCUGCAAGAUCCUGCAGGUCUUUGAUGACUUCAUCUUUAUCUUCUUUGCCAUGGAGAUGGUGCUCAAGAUGGUGGCCCUGGGGAUUUUUGGCAAGAAGUGCUACCUUGGGGACACAUGGAACCGCCUGGAUUUCUUCAUCGUCAUGGCAGGGAUGGUCGAAUACUCCCUGGACCUUCAGAACAUCAACCUGUCAGCCAUCCGCACCGUGCGCGUCCUGAGGCCCCUCAAAGCCAUCAACCGCGUGCCCAGUAUGCGGAUCCUGGUGAACCUACUCCUGGACACGCUGCCCAUGCUGGGGAAUGUCCUGCUGCUCUGCUUCUUUGUCUUCUUCAUCUUUGGCAUCAUAGGCGUGCAGCUGUGGGCGGGCCUGCUGCGUAACCGCUGCUUCCUGGAGGAGAACUUCACCAUACAAGGGGAUGUGGCCUUGCCCCCAUACUACCAGCCGGAGGAGGACGAUGAGAUGCCCUUCAUCUGCUCCCUGUCGGGGGACAAUGGGAUAAUGGGCUGCCAUGAGAUCCCCCCGCUCAAGGAGCAGGGCCGUGAGUGCUGCCUGUCCAAGGACGACGUCUACGACUUUGGGGCGGGGCGCCAGGACCUCAAUGCCAGCGGCCUCUGUGUCAACUGGAACCGUUACUACAAUGUGUGCCGCACGGGCAGCGCCAACCCCCACAAGGGUGCCAUCAACUUUGACAACAUCGGUUAUGCUUGGAUUGUCAUCUUCCAGGUGAUCACUCUGGAAGGCUGGGUGGAGAUCAUGUACUACGUGAUGGAUGCUCACUCCUUCUACAACUUCAUCUACUUCAUCCUGCUUAUCAUAGUGGGCUCCUUCUUCAUGAUCAACCUGUGCCUCGUUGUCAUAGCGACCCAGUUCUCGGAGACCAAGCAACGGGAGCACCGGCUGAUGCUGGAGCAGCGGCAGCGCUACCUGUCCUCCAGCACGGUGGCCAGCUACGCCGAGCCUGGCGACUGCUAUGAGGAGAUCUUCCAGUAUGUCUGCCACAUCCUGCGCAAGGCCAAGCGCCGUGCCCUGGGCCUCUACCAGGCCCUGCAGAGCCGGCGCCAGGCCCUGGGCCCAGAGGCCCCGGCCCCCGCCAAACCUGGGCCCCACGCCAAGGAGCCCCGGCACUACAAUGGGAAGACUAAGGGUCAGGGAGUUGAAGGGAGACACCUCGGAAGCCGGCAUUGCCAGACUUUGCAGGGGCCUGCCUACCCUGGAAAUGAUCACUCUCUCGGGAAGAGGCACGCCAGGGCCACAGGAGGCGGGCCCUGCUCCCAGCCCCAGUACCACUUCUCCCAGUUGGUGCCAAGAAGGAAGUCAGCAGGCAUGGGGACUGCGCUUGAGCAGCCGCGACCCUCUGCAGGCCUGUCUCCUGCCUGUAAAGUGAGGACAGGGGACCCCAGCAUGUGGCCGUCAGCGGCGGGAGUCAGCCACCCCAGGCCCUGCUCUGGAAAGCUCCAUCCUUUCAGCUCUCGCAGUCUGGGAAUCGAUUCUUGGGAGGCAAGCAGAAGAAUGCGCGCUCAGAGCUGCCGCCCACCCGUCCUCGGGUGCCAGCCAUCCAGGCGUGGGCUUGGAGGAGGCCCCAGGUGGCCCGUGGGCAGGCCCGGCACGCGGACACAGGAGCUGGGGCCGGGCAAGGCUGGCACUGGUGUUGCUGGAGGACGCGGGGGAGAAGUAUUCACUCCAAUGGGCUUCCUGUGGCCGCCCAGCCCCCUCUCCUGGCACCCUUGCCCCCUUGCCCCUGGGCCUCCCCUCUGCCCUGGGAAACAGCUGGCUGCCGCCCCAUGUCCAGAGCUGUGCCCGCAACAUAGCCCCUUGGAUGUGACGGCCCACACCCUGGUGCAGCCCAUCCCCGCCAUGCUGGCCUCCGAUCCCGCCAGCUGCCCUUGCUGCCAGCAUGAGGCUGGCCGGCGGCCCUCGGGCCUGGGCAGCACCGAUUCGGGCCAGGAGGGCUCGGGCUCCGGGAGCUCCACUGGUGGCGAGGACGAGGCGGACGGGGACGAGGCCCGGAGCAGCGAGGACAGAGCCUCCUCGGAACUGGGGAAGGAGGAGGAGGAGGAGGAGCAGGCAGAUGGGACGGUCUGGCUGUGCGGGGAUGUGUGGCGGGAGACGCGAGCCAAGCUGCGCGGCAUCGUGGACAGCAAGUACUUCAACCGGGGCAUCAUGAUGGCCAUCCUGGUCAACACCGUCAGCAUGGGCAUCGAGCACCACGAGCAGCCGGAGGAGCUGACCAACAUCCUGGAGAUCUGCAACGUGGUCUUCACCAGCAUGUUUGCUCUGGAGAUGAUCCUGAAGCUGGCUGCGUUUGGGCUCUUCGACUACCUGCGGAACCCCUACAACAUCUUCGACAGCAUCAUUGUCAUCAUCAGCAUCUGGGAGAUCGUGGGGCAGGCGGACGGUGGGCUGUCGGUGCUGCGGACCUUCCGGCUGCUGCGUGUGCUGAAACUGGUGCGCUUCAUGCCUGCCCUGCGGCGCCAGCUCGUGGUGCUCAUGAAGACCAUGGACAACGUGGCCACCUUCUGCAUGCUGCUCAUGCUCUUCAUCUUCAUCUUCAGCAUCCUUGGGAUGCAUAUUUUUGGCUGCAAGUUCAGCCUCCGCACGGACACUGGAGACACGGUGCCCGACAGGAAGAACUUCGACUCCCUGCUGUGGGCCAUUGUCACUGUGUUCCAGAUCCUCACCCAGGAGGACUGGAACGUCGUUCUCUAUAACGGCAUGGCCUCCACUUCCCCCUGGGCCUCCCUCUACUUUGUCGCCCUCAUGACCUUUGGCAACUAUGUGCUCUUCAACCUGCUGGUGGCCAUCCUGGUGGAGGGCUUCCAGGCGGAGGGUGACGCCAAUCGCUCCUACACGGACGAGGACCAGAGCUCAUCCAACAUGGAGGAGUUUGACAAGCUCCAGGAAGGCCUGGACAGCAGCGGAGAUCCCAAGCUCUGCCCAAUCCCCAUGACCCCCAAUGGGCACCUGGACCCCAGUCUCCCACUGGGUGGGCACCUAGGUCCUGCAGGGGCUGCGGGACCCGCCCCCCGACUCUCACUGCAGCCGGACCCCAUGCUGGUGGCCCUGGGCUCCCGAAAGAGCAGCGUCAUGUCUCUGGGGAGGAUGAGCUAUGACCAGCGCUCCCUAUCCAGCUCCCGGAGCUCCUACUACGGGCCAUGGGGCCGCAGCGCGGCCUGGGCCAGCCGUCGCUCCAGCUGGAACAGCCUCAAGCACAAGCCGCCGUCGGCGGAGCAUGAGUCCCUGCUCUCUGCGGAGCGCGGCGGCGGCGCCCGGGUCUGCGAGGUUGCCGCGGACGAGGGGCCGCCGCGGGCCGCACCCCUGCACGCCCCACACACCCACCACACUCAUCACGGGCCCCAUCUGGCGCACCGCCACCGUCACCACCGCCGGACGCUGUCCCUCGACAACAGGGACUCGGUGGACCUGGCGGAGCUGGUGCCCGCAGUGGGCGCCCACCCCCGGGCCGCUUGGAGGGCGGCAGGCCCGGUCCCCGGGCAUGAGGACUGCAAUGGCAGGAUGCCCAGCAUCGCCAAGGACGUCUUCACCAAGAUGGGCGACCGCGGGGAUCGCGGGGAGGAUGAGGAGGAGAUCGACUACACGCUGUGCUUCCGCGUCCGCAAGAUGAUCGACGUCUAUAAGCCCGACUGGUGCGAGGUCCGCGAAGACUGGUCUGUCUACCUCUUCUCUCCCGAGAACAGGUUCCGGGUCUUGUGUCAGACCAUUAUUGCCCACAAGCUCUUCGACUACGUCGUCCUGGCCUUCAUCUUUCUCAACUGCAUCACCAUCGCCCUGGAGCGGCCUCAGAUCGAGGCCGGCAGCACCGAACGCAUCUUUCUCACCGUGUCCAACUACAUCUUCACGGCCAUCUUCGUGGGCGAGAUGACACUGAAGGUGGUCUCGCUGGGCCUGUACUUCGGCGAGCAGGCGUACCUGCGCAGCAGCUGGAACGUGCUGGACGGCUUUCUUGUCUUCGUGUCCAUCAUCGACAUCGUGGUGUCCCUGGCCUCGGCCGGGGGAGCCAAGAUCCUGGGGGUCCUCCGAGUCUUGCGGCUCCUGCGCACCCUACGCCCCCUGCGUGUCAUCAGCCGGGCGCCGGGCCUGAAGCUGGUGGUGGAGACACUCAUCUCCUCCCUCAAGCCCAUCGGCAACAUCGUGCUCAUCUGCUGUGCCUUCUUCAUCAUCUUUGGCAUCCUGGGAGUGCAGCUCUUCAAGGGCAAGUUCUACCACUGUCUGGGCGUGGACACCCGCAACAUCACCAACCGCUCGGACUGCAUGGCCGCCAACUACCGCUGGGUCCAUCACAAAUACAACUUUGACAACCUGGGCCAGGCUCUGAUGUCCCUCUUUGUCCUGGCAUCCAAGGAUGGUUGGGUGAACAUCAUGUAUAAUGGACUGGAUGCUGUUGCUGUGGACCAGCAGCCCGUGACCAACCACAACCCCUGGAUGCUGCUGUACUUCAUCUCCUUCCUGCUCAUCGUCAGCUUCUUUGUGCUUAACAUGUUUGUGGGUGUUGUGGUGGAGAACUUCCACAAGUGCCGGCAGCACCAGGAGGCUGAAGAGGCACGGCGGCGUGAGGAGAAGCGGCUGCGGCGCUUGGAGAAGAAGCGCCGGAAGGCCCAGCGGCUGCCCUACUAUGCCACCUAUUGUCACACCCGGCUGCUCAUCCACUCCAUGUGCACCAGCCACUACCUGGACAUCUUCAUCACCUUCAUCAUCUGCCUCAACGUGGUCACCAUGUCCCUGGAGCACUACAAUCAGCCCACGUCCCUGGAGACAGCCCUCAAGUACUGCAACUAUAUGUUCACCACUGUCUUUGUGCUGGAGGCUGUGCUGAAGCUGGUGGCAUUUGGUCUGAGGCGCUUCUUCAAGGACCGAUGGAACCAGCUAGACCUGGCCAUUGUGCUACUGUCAGUCAUGGGCAUCACCCUGGAGGAGAUCGAGAUCAAUGCGGCCCUGCCCAUCAACCCCACCAUCAUCCGCAUCAUGAGGGUUCUGCGCAUUGCCCGAGUGCUGAAGCUGUUGAAGAUGGCCACAGGGAUGCGGGCCCUGCUGGACACGGUGGUGCAAGCUUUGCCCCAGGUGGGCAACCUGGGCCUCCUCUUCAUGCUGCUCUUCUUCAUCUACGCCGCUCUCGGGGUGGAGCUCUUUGGGAAGCUGGUCUGCAACGACGAGAACCCAUGUGAGGGCAUGAGCCGGCAUGCCACCUUCGAGAACUUCGGCAUGGCCUUCCUCACACUCUUCCAGGUCUCCACGGGUGACAACUGGAACGGGAUCAUGAAGGACACGCUGCGGGACUGCACCCACGAUGAGCGCAGCUGCCUGAGCAGCCUGCAGUUUGUGUCGCCGCUGUACUUCGUGAGCUUCGUGCUCACCGCGCAGUUCGUGCUCAUCAACGUGGUGGUGGCUGUGCUCAUGAAGCACCUGGACGACAGCAACAAGGAGGCACAGGAGGACGCCGAGAUGGAUGCCGAGCUCCAGCUGGAGAUGGCCCACGGCCUGGGCCCUGGCCCGAGGCUGCCUGCCGGCUCCCCGGGCGCCCCUGGCCGAGGGCCGGGAGGGGCGGGCGGCGGGGGCGACACCGAGGGCGGCUUGUGCCGGCGCUGCUACUCGCCUGCCCAGGAGAACCUGUGGCUGGACAGCGUCUCUUUAAUCAUCAAGGACUCCUUGGAGGGGGAGCUGACCAUCAUCGACAACCUCUCAGGCUCCAUCUUCCACCACUACUCCUCGCCCGCCGGCUGCAAGAAGUGUCACCAUGACAAGCAAGAGGUGCAGCUGGCUGAGACGGAGGCCUUCUCCCUGAACUCAGACAGGUCCUCGUCCAUCCUGCUGGGCGACGACCUGAGUCUCGAGGACCCCACGGCCUGCCCACCUGGCCCCAAAGACAGCAAGGGUGAGCUGGACCCACCUGAGCCCAUGCAUGUGGGAGACCUGGGCGAAUGCUUCUUCCCCUUGUCCUCUACGGCUGUCUCACCGGAUCCAGAGAACUUCCUGUGUGAAAUGGAGGAGAUCCCAUUCAACCCUGUCCGGUCCUGGCUGAAACAUGAGAGCAGUCAAGCAGCACCCCCAAGUCCCUUCUCCCCGGACGCCUCCAGCCCUCUCCUGCCCAUGCCAGCCGAGUUCUUCCACCCUGCAGUGUCUGCCAGUCAGAAAGGCCCAGAAAAGGGCACCGGCACUGGAACCCUCCCCAAGAUUGCGCUGCAGGGCUCCUGGGCAUCUCUGCGGUCACCAAGGGUCAACUGUACCCUCCUCCGGCAGACCACCGGGAGCGACACGUCGCUGGACGCCAGCCCCAGCAGCUCCGCGGGCAGCCUGCAGACCACGCUCGAGGACAGCCUGACCCUGAGCGACAGCCCUCGACGCGCCCUGGGGCCGCCCGCGCUUGCUCCAGGACCCCGGGCCGGCCUGUCCCCCGCCGCUCGCCGCCGCCUGAGCCUGCGGGGCCGGGGCCUGUUCAGCCUGCGGGGGCUGCGGGCGCAUCAGCGCAGCCACAGUAGCGGGGGCUCCACCAGCCCGGGCUGCACCCACCACGACUCCAUGGACCCCUCGGACGAGGAGGGCCGCGGCGGCGCGGGCGGCGGGGGCGCGGGCAGCGAGCACUCGGAGACCCUCAGCAGCCUCUCGCUCACCUCCCUCUUCUGCCCGCCGCCCCCGCCGCCGCCCCCCGGCCUCACGCCCGCCAGGAAGUUCAGCAGCACCAGCAGCCUGGCCGCCCCCGGCCGCCCCCGCGCCGCCCCCCUGGCCCACGGCCUGGCCCGGAGCCCCUCGUGGGCCGCGGACCGCAGCAAGGACCCCCCGGGCCGGGCACCAAUGCCCAUGGGCCUGGGCCCCUUGGCGCCCCUGCCGCAACCGCUCCCCGGAGAGCUGGAGCCGGGAGACGCCGCCAGCAAGAGGAAGAGAUGAGGGUCGCAGGGGCCCCCAGCCGCCCACCGUCCGCCCCGUCUCACCUUCUUUACCUCAGGAGCCAGGAGCAGACAGCAAUACUUCGUCCACACCUGGGAUCGCGCAGGGCCCGCAGGGCACAGGCGCCCGACAGCUGGGCUGAGCGGAGUCUGGGUUAGCCAGGCCUGCGUGGCCCACGGUGGCCCUUCCAGUGCAUAUACAUAUAUAUAUAUAUAUACACACACACACACGCAGAUAUAUAUAUAUAUGUAUAUACACACACACAUAGACAGACAUAUAUAUAUAUUUAUUUUUUUUACUGAGAGCUUAUGACUUCCAGAAAGUGCUAAAGGUGGGAGGUGGGCCAGAGCCUGGACGGGGCUUUUGUCUGACGCUCUGGGAUUCUGGCCAGACCCACCCCAGGGCGCAGGUCCUGCCGGGGCGUCCCAGCUGUGUUUUUUGAUGUCUCCUCCCUGGUUAAGAGUAGCUUGGAGAGGACCCUCAGGCCUCUGAGGGCACCAGGCCCCGGAGAAGAGGUGCAAUUCAGGGUGUGUGUGUGUUUUUUUUCCUUUAAAGAAGAAACGCUGCUAAGAUCCCACGUGGCUCCCAUGUGUCGGGGUGUCUGUCCUGUCAUCCUGACUGUCUCGUUAUUGUGAAGUCUUUCGUAGACACCCCAGAGCACACACAUCCCCUUAGUCCACCGGUUAGAUAUCUCUCUUUAGAAAAAUCAGGGGUGAGUAGCUGUGUUUCCUUAGGACCGGGGUGGGGGAUGGAGGGCAGCUCCAAGGCUGAGCUGGGGUUCUGGCCCCAGGGGAGGCCCCCAGCUCUUGAGUACUUCUGAGGGCGUGGGUUCCGCCCCCAGGAGGGUGGGGGUGGGUGGGGCAGGAGUGGAGGCAGCCUGCGGAAGAAGGGUGCGGGAGACUUAGCUGGCUGUGGCUUGCUUGGAGGGGCCAAGGUACCCGCCUGGUCUUGGCUGGCUCCAGCUGCCCUGCAGGUGCCCCUGGGCUCAGCCAGUUAGUUGUUCAGUCACUUAAUGCCUUUUAUCCCCAAUAUGGGCGCUGAGCUGUGGCUGUUCCUGGACACUGUGCUGUCCCUGUCCUAAGCAACUAUGCCCCCGCCCCAGUAGGUUCAAGGCAAAGCAGCUCUGACCGAAUUCUAGGCAGGGGUGGGGGCACCUGCCUGGGCCCUGGGUCCAGCCGCAUCCCCACGCCCAGCCUUUCGCGUCACCUGGAGGCCACAUCCUCCCACCCCACCUGCCAGCCCCUGUCUCUCCUCCCCGCUGCCCCUAACUGCAGGUCAGCUUUCACUAUAGCAGUGCUUCCCAAACAGGUUCUAGAUGGGGGUGUUUGAUUUGAAGAGUUACGCAUUUAUUUCACUAUUUAUUGGAAAAAAAUACAUUGAACCAGUGAUUUCACAGACAUUUUGCUUAGGUAAGGCUACUUUUUUAAAAGGGAGUGACUUUCAUGAAGUCAGUUUGAAGAAGGAGGUUGGGAGCAUGUUGGUGGCAGUGAUCUGGAGAGGCUGCAGAGGCCACGAGUUUGGAGAUGCUGUACUUCAGCAAUAACCUUGCUUUUGCUAAGACCCCCUCCGAGGGCUUCAGGGGGGCCUGCCGAGGGGGGGCCUUGUCCUUGUUCCCAAGCUCUGACUUGGAAGAACUCAGCUUGUGGCUGGGCUGGUGAGGGUGUUGGGUGCACCCUUCCCUUUUGGGCUGAGGGAGAGGGGGCUGGGCGGGGUUGUCAAGCCCACCCAGGAAACUGAGCCCCGGAGAGGGGAAGUGGCCAGCCCAGGAUCCUUCAGGGCCCUGGCAGCAAAGAAGCUGGGGUGGCGUGGAGGGCCCCACUCCACACCCUAGAGCUGUGAUGCUGAGCAAGGUGCCUGUGGCGGGAGGAAUUGCCCGUUCCUCCCUGGGGGCAGGUAGACCUGUGGGGAUGGCUGGGUCCAAGCUCAACACUGCCCGCUCCAGAGAGCCUCGGCCCUGCCUCCCUUUCCACAGAGGUGGUUUUAUGUGGAACGAGGUACCUUGUCUGGGGAAGAAGUGGGGCUGGGCAGGCUUGACUGCUCCUGGCUGACCCUGAGCGCUGGCAGUUGGAGGGAGGCAGACAGACUUGACUUUUUGCAAGUCCGCGUGUUGCUGGAGGGACAUGUGUAUCGGAGCCCAGAAGAGGGGCUGUAUGACCUGGGAAGACCAUGUGGAAGGUUGGGCUUCAAGUUGACGGGAUUAGACACCAGUCAAGCAGCCUCGGGUCAUCUUGUGACUCCGCUGAGCAGCCUUUCCUGCUGUCACAUGGGUUCAGAGCAGCUGAGCAGGGAACACAUCCUAGGCAGGUCUGACGUGAAACCUUCCCUCACCCUGAACCGUGUGACUCCGGAACAAGGCGACACCUCGGGGCGGGUGUUCUAGGAAAAGGGAUGGGCAUGAGUGAAGGCUCCAGGGCCCACAGAGCAGGGCGUGUGGAGAAGGUGAAACAGCUGAGUUCAGAGGCAGAGAAGCUCCUUGCAAGGAGCAGUAGGAGAUGGCCUGGCCAAUCCCAGGCUCCUGGAGGCCCCGCCUGCCGAUCCCAGGCACUUGACCUUGUUCUUGUGGGUGACAGAGAUGAGAACCAGGGAAGCUGUGAUCCACUGGCCAGGACAAAGUCAACAUGGGUGAGGGUUGGGCAAAGGGCCCUUCCUUCCUCCCCAACCCUGUGGUCUGGGGCCAUGGCCUCAGGCUUGUGUCUAUCACAAAAGCACAAAUUUGCUCUAACCCAUAUGGGCCUGGCUGUGGGGAAAGUGGGGACCCAGGUCCCUGAGCUGUCUCUGCUGGGCUCCGUAGAGCGGUGGUGGGCAGGCACCUUGGCAUCUGUGCAGAGACGGCCCAGUCUGGCCAAACCCUCUUCCUCUCCCCUGCUCUACCUUCUCCUGCACCAGGCAGCCCCUUAAAGGAGGACAGAGUGUGUAAAGCCUGUCUGCCUGUCUUCCCCCAAAUCCUCAGCUCAGAGCCUUCCGCUUCCAGGGCCAACCCCAGCCCCGUUUGCUGCGUUGUGUAAGGGCUUGGGGUCUUAGAAGCUGCUCUUUAGCCCAGAUACACAUACUCUUUUUUGUCUUUGUGCAAUAAUCAGUGUUCCUGGCAGAGCCUGGGCCAAGCUGCAGCCUACUGAGGAGGCAGAGGCCACCUCCUCCAGGAAGCCCUCGGCCUGGGCGGCCGCUGUGACUCUAGCACUCUCAGUCGCUGUACAGUUUCUAUGGUGUGAAUGAACUUCCCUCCUAGUUGCUGAUGGCGCUGGUACCUGCUGGCCCAGAUGGCCCAGGUGUAGAGAAACCAAGCGGCAGCCACCACCAGUGUUGUUUUGAAUAAAAGCCCAGAAGCCUAUUUAAGAA